UUAAGUAGUGUGGGCGUUGAGUGUGGUGAUUGGCACUAAGAAGAACCAAUGAAAUAAGAGUAAAUGUGUAGAGGGCGGGGCUUCGAAAUGAAUUCAUCCAAUUAGAGAGGGAGGAAGGCAGACAGCUGAACAGUGGCUGCGUUCUUUGCAGAAGUUGGCUGCCACGUAGUUGGCAUUCCUGCCAUGUAUGUAUUUUAGGUACUGUGUUUUAUGGAAGGGUUUAAAAAAAGCUUUUUGUACAUUUUGUGAGUAAGUAACCUAGUGUCUAUCAAAAUGAUUCUUUUGUCUAUUUGUUCGAUAUUGCCCUCACUGUUUGUGUUUGUCACUGGGGGCAAACUUCCCGAGCCAGAGGUGAAAAUUGAAGUUAUCCAUAAACCCUUCAUGUGUUACCGUAAGUCAAAAUCUGGAGACAUGCUUCUUGUUCAUUACGAAGGAUUCCUGGAGAGUAAUGGCACCAUGUUUCAUUCCAGCCGCAAAGAUGGGGAUAGAAAACCAGUAUGGUUCACUCUUGGGAUCCGGGAGGCGCUCAAGGGUUGGGAUAAGGGUCUGCAGAACAUGUGCACAGGAGAGCGCAGGAAACUGACCAUCCCUCCAUCUCUGGCAUAUGGCAAGGAAGGAAAAGGCAAGAUUCCUCCAGGCAGUACCCUCAUUUUUGAUAUUGAGCUCAUGGACAUCCAAAAUGGUCCCAGGUCACAUGAGUCUUUCAGGGAGAUGGAUCUCAAUGAUGACUGGAAGCUCUCCAGACAGGAGGUGAAAGAGUACUUGAAGAAAGAAUUUGAGAAACAUGGAUACUCCCCUAAUGACACACAUCAUGAAGUGAUGGUAGAUGACAUCUUCAAAAAUGAGGAUGAAGAUAAAGAUGGUUUCAUAUCUUCAAGAGAAUUCACCUACCAACACGAUGAGCUCUAAAGGACUGAUUUGUACGUUUUUGAUACUACCACAGUGUUUUUUCCAUAAAUCUCCUCCUCAAAAGUGAUAUGAAAUGAGAAACACUCCUUUUGAACAGUAUUGUCUUAUUUUUGGUCGAAUCAUUUUGCAUCAUUUUAUGGAAAAUGAAAUCCAUAAUUUAUUUAUAUCUCCAUCCUUCAUGCACUGAUAAUGUCACCACAGAUGUAAUUAGGCGUAUUGGAUUUUUAAAAAUGUAUUUCAUAAAAUAAAUAUGUUUUAAAAGUAAACAGAAAAGAACUAUGUUAAUUAAUGUUUCUUAUAUUUACAGUACAUGUGCUGAAAACUGAAUCUGUGCAUACAAAAAACUUUUUACUGUGCAUGUCCUCAUUCAUCACUAGAGGGCACUCUUGUCCUAGACGAUUGUAUCAUACCUACAAAUCUUAAUCAAAUCUGUCAUGUGUCCUUCUCUGUUAGUUUCUAGAUUGUGUACUGUGUCUGGCAAACCAAACAUCAAAAUGAUGUGACAUAUAACAUUUCAUCAGGAGUGAAUCAUGAAAUAAUAUGCAGUUGGCUUAUGAUUUCAGUCAUACUUUAAAUUCUGUUAGACCUUAAACGAAUAACAUUGAAUUUCUGUUCAUAUGGUUUCAGUUCAUAUAUAACUGUAGUGAGCCAUUAUAUUUCCUCAGUGUUAUCCAAAUGUAC